GGUUGGAGGAAAAGGCAGACAAUACGACUCGUGCUUUCCGUCACGCCGGGAACCCUUUAUUAGGGACCUCGUUGAAGUCUUAUCUUCCAAAGCAUCAGCACGAGAGUACGUGGAGGACGUGGGUGAAACGCAAGAAGCGCGCGUGGCAACCCAGUUGUAAUCCGUUCCGUCUUUCGGAGGAUGGCUCUGCGCGUGUCGUCUGACUCAAGCUCAGUCUAUCGGUGAAAUAUUUUCAUAAUCCGUCAGGGCACGCGAGGAAUCUCUGCACUUUCCCCUCUCUUCAGGCAGGCCUAUCCACGAGACCGUGUCCAUUGUUCCUGGGGUGAGGGUCAAGAGCCGUCAUUGCUACAAGAUCCUUAUCUACCUCACCAGAGGCGCUGCGAUCUGUCGCUGUUUAUCCACGGACGUGUAAUCUGCGGGAUUUAAGGACAGUGUCUGUGUAAAUGUCAGCGCAACAAAUCAUGAAUAUUCAAGACGUCUAAAUAAACAAACACCAGCACUGUGAGUAGACCGAGAUUUCAGUUGUUUUUGAAGACUGACAAAGCUGCUAAGUUUAGACCUGCUUGGAUAUUGGGCGUAAAACAAAAUAUGAACCCUGGAGGACUGAACUGAAACAUUGCAAGGACGUGAAAUAAAACCAGGAGAGCAAAACAGUUCGUUCAUCCGAAGAGUUCAACUGAGAUUAAGUCCACGGAGACAGUCAGAACAAGUUCUUCAUCACAAAAGGUUUACCACAUCGACCUAUUCAAUUUUAGCCACACAUCCACACUGAAAAUGAUGCUGAGCCCUGAUCAAACCGACUCGGACCUUCCUUGGGGACAGUCCGAUCCAGAGACCGUCCUAAAUGUGAUCAAAGUCGAAUGUAUGGGUGACCAACCUGGUGGCAAGUCCCGGUCUGACCAACCCCUGACGCGUGAGGAGAAGAGACGGCGGCGACGUGCCACCGCGAAGUACCGAUCCGCUCAUGCCACAAGAGAGCGGAUACGGGUGGAGGCAUUUAACGUGGCCUUCGCCGAGCUGAGGAAACUUCUGCCAACCCUUCCUCCCGAUAAGAAGCUCUCCAAGAUCGAAAUCCUGCGCUUGGCAAUCUGCUAUAUCUCUUACUUGAACCACGUGUUGGACGUUUAAAGGCAGGAGAUAAUCUGAGACAUUCAAGACGAAAACAUUUGACAUGAAACACACACACACACAUACACACACACGCGCGCGCGCGCACACACACACGUUUGGAACUGGGGUCGAACAGGAACAGGCUAUGGAAACAGUGAAUUUCCACACGGGAUGUCAAGAAAACUAAACUCUAGUGUAUCACUAUUAUUUACGUGUCCGGCUGCCAGGCUGACGUCGCUCACAAGGAAUAGUGCGCGAGGGUUGCAAGACCUGUAGCCGGGCAUCGAGCCCCAGGGCAGCGGGCUGCGUAAAUGAGUGAAGCGCAAUAACAAGCGAGUCUCGUGCCUGGAGACGUGUGGGUUUCCAAGGCAAUACUGUUCACUCCAAAGUCCCACGAGGCUUAGGCGUCUCCGUGUGCCGGCACUGCCUCAGAGAUGGGAACAAGGACCCCAAGCCCCCCCUUGUCUUUUCCCUUCUUAAGGAGGACAGUGAGAUGUCCAUUAAAAAUGAAAAUGGAGAAUAAGAGAGCGAGAGAGAGAAAAAAAUAAAUAAUGAACAGCGUUCUAAGUGCCACCUAUUAUGAACUAAUGACCUUAACCGUGGUUUUGAGUUAGUUAUGAUGUAUGUAUUAGCCAUUUAUGUUGAUAAAUAAUUUAUGUUUAUGUUAGAAAUGUGUCCUUUUCGACCUGUCGGGUGUUUACGUCUAGCCUACAAAUACUUAUAUUUAUUAUUGUAUCAUUAUUUAUUUAUUUACUUAUUUAUUUAUUUAUUUAUUAGACUGUGGUGUGUGGACAACGGAAGUGAUGUUGUUGCUCUUCAAUUGCACUUUUCAGUGAUGUUUUGUCAAUUGUAGGCUUAAUUGUUGUGAGACGAGCAAUUCGUUAUUGUGAAUAUUUUAUUUCUGAUCAUAUCCAUGAAAACGAGAAGCACUUCUCAUUGGGUGAAACCCGUUGAUAUUCUGUAUAUGUUCAUGAGAUGGUCAAAUAACUUGGAUAAUCUGUGGCCUACAAUGAAUCACGUCAUUAAUGUAAGAAAACGUUUCCGUGCAGGUGUGAAAUAGGGAUUAUUACAGUAUAUUCAUGUUUUUUUUUUCUUCCAGGAAAAAAAAGGAAAUUUGAAGGGAAUGCAAUAAACCAUUCAAACGGCUAUAGGGUUCCAAGAGACACCAACUCUGCUGCGACCAAAAAUUGAUUUCAAAGUAGAUUAUUUUUAUUGACAUGUGAUUCCUAGAAAUCGUUUAUUUAUUUACGUGUCUGCUGUGAACCUCUUACGUCACUAAUUUUAUAUAGAGAAAAAAAGAAACAUCAUAUCUGCUAUCCAAAGAUCUCCUGUUUUUUCAGGGUUUUGUUCGUGUCCUUUUGUAGUGGGUUAGCUAUUACAAACAUGGUUUGUAACGAACACAGUUUUCAUAUCUUUCUGGUGGAUUGUUAAAAAAUAAAUAUCUUAAAAAACGAAA